UAAACAAGGAGAUUGCAGGAGAAGAUACCAACUAAUUUACUGUUUACUCAAUAACGGUAUUACUGACACUUCUUAACUCACCUUCUACAGUUAGAUCAGUACUCUGCGUUCAAAGGUAUAUCGUUAAAUGUAAAAGUUUUGGUGUUCUACUAGCUGGGGAUGCUUUAGCUGUCAUCAAUUAUGUCCAAGUUUGUGAAAUAUAGUAAACUACCGGGUGCUGAGAGUGCUGCCGAAUUUGACUUCAGCUCUCCUUUCACAUAUGGAAUAGAAGAUGAAGAUAAAACCAGACAUGGGAAGAAAUACAAAUCAGCUUUUACUUUCACCAACUUGAAUCAUAAGAAAUUGAGAAGAGAACCUGACCCUUCUAGUUCAGUCUUCUCCAUUUGCUGUCAUGUUAUGGUUGUUGGACUUUGCUACCUAUUAGCCAUCUGUACACUGCCAUUUUCUCUUAUAUUUUGCAUUAAGUUCAUUGGACAAAGUGAGAAGAUAGUCAUAUUCAGAAUAGGGAAGCUGAUUGCUCCAAGGGGACCAGGAGGAAUGACUUUUGUCUUGCCCUGUGUGGACCGAAUUGUGCGUGUGAAUAUAGCUGGGAAAGCAUUCAAUGUACCACCGCAAAAGAUCUUCACAUCAGAUAAUUGUGUCAUAGAAGUUGGAGCCGAUGUGUUCUACAGAGUCGUCAACGCGAUUGUCUCAAUCACCCAUAUAGAGAACCUUAACCACUCCCUACGGGUUCUUGCGCAGAUAGCACUCAUGAAUCAACUGAGCAAACGAACACUGGCAGAAAUAGAGGCAGAGAAAAAUAUCAUAAAUGCUGCUAUACAGGAAGAUCUGUGUAAGGUGACCAUGAAUUGGGGGGUGGAAGUUGGGCACAUAGAUAUUUCACACGUGACCUUAAUUCAUCGAGCUCCAGAGACCUCAAAUCCUAGCUCGUUGUUAUUUCCACCAGGCCUUGGUGUUCCACCGCAGCAUCAGUCCAUUCUCAAUAUGCUGGCAGGUACCAUUCAGCAAGCAGCAGCACCAAAACCACCAACCAGUACAGUCACAGUAGUAAACAUGGAGGACGAACCCAAAGCAUCACCAACAAGCUUGAAAGAAAUUACAUAUCCUACUCCAGAAGUUUCUUAUCCUACGCCUAAAAAAUUGAUAAAUUUAUUGCGACCACAGCUGAACGAAUACCUAGUUCGGGAUUUCCAAUCUGUGUACCAGUUUAUCGUGCAGGGAGAGGAUGGUGGAAUGUUCUUUUUGGAUCUGAAGCAUGGGCAAGGUUCAGUUGGCGAGGGUCACCCAUCCUCAGAACCCGAUGUCACCCUCACUCUCUCUACGGAAGAUAUGCAACGCUUGUUUGAGGGUUCCCUGAAGCCAUUUCAAGCCUAUAUGUCCAGUCGCUUACAGCUAAACGGAGAUCUUGCUGCUGCCAUGAAGUUAGAAGAUUUAAUUGACAGAUUACGGAAAUCGUUAAUUAGGAGGGUGCCUGAUGAUGUUUAUAAUGGGAAAGUACAGAUUGUGUGAAAUACAAAAUGUGUCCUGAGAUAGUAUACUGACAUCUUUCUGGAGUAGAAUAGUCCAAGGCGAAUUAAGAUGAAUGUCUUUAUCAUUCGUCAUGUGUGUUAGCCUCCCAGUGAAAAUUGCCUGAAGAUGGAACCGAUGGCUCAGAAAAUUUGCAGACUCUGAAAUCAAAACUUUCUUUUGUUCUUAAAAAGUUUAUCUCGUUUUGAAUUUUCUCAUUUCAUUCAUGAGGUUGUGCAAUAUUGUUUACUCUGUGUAUAUUGAUGUCAGAUGAAACAAUUUGUUGGUAAACUUACUUGUUGAUUUUGUACCACUCUCGGUAUACAUUUUUUGUAGUUAUUUUGUUAUUGUUUUGUGAAUAUGAAGCUCUGUCACAGGCAAAUGUUAUGAUCAACAAAGAAUAGAAACAUUUGUUUGAAGGUGGGAAACAGAUUUUAGCAUUGAUCCAUUGUAUCCCAGUAGUGGUAAAUAUCAAGAAAUAGUCUUGUAUCAAUUUAUCAGUGACUGGCCUUUUCUUUUUUGGGAACGUUUCCAGUAACCAAUUGUUGUUCAUCAUCUCAUCAGUGGUCAUCCGAAACAGCGUCAUUUUGCUGAUGACAAUGUUAUUUUGAUUGCUUUAAACCUUACCGAACACUUGUGGACUCUCUUGAGGAUGACCCUCUUAUAAGUGUACCUUGUUGUAAUCACUGGCAGUGGCACAUAAAAAGCUAAUUCAAUGUUGCCCAGUAUUAUCACAUGUAAUAUUUAUCAUUUAGAAUUUAGCAUUCUAUUUAAAGAAUCAUGAACAAUGGAUAUUGUGAUACCUUUUUAUGUUUGUACAAAUAUUGAUUUAUUAAAGAUUUUAAAUAGAUUAGAAA